GCCGCGCGAAGCCGGCAGGAGCACGCGGGAGCGCGGCCCCGCAGUGGCCCGGCCCGAGAGAGCAGCGCGCAGGAGCCGGAGCGGCGCCACGGCCCCCACCCCAACGCGGACCUCGCCCAGAACUCGGACCCCGGCCUCGACGCGUGAUCUCGCACGCCCUGGCCGCCGGGCCGCGGGCAUGGACGGCGUCCGCUCGCCCUAGAUGGACGGCGAUGGCGGCCGCCGAGACGCCCCCGGCACGCUGAUGGAGCCCGGGCGCGGCGCGGGGCCCGCGGGCAUGGCGGAGCCUCGGGCGAAGGCGGCGCGGCCAGGGCCCCAGCGCUUCCUGCGGCGCAGCGUGGUAGAGUCGGACCAGGAGGAGCCGCCGGGCUUGGAAGCAGCGGAGGCUCCGGGCCCACAGCCCCCGCAGCCCCUGCAGCGCCGGGUGCUUCUGCUCUGCAAGACGCGCCGCCUCAUCGCGGAGCGCGCCCGCGGACGCCCCGCCGCCCCCGCGCCCGCAGCGCCGGUAGCGCAGCCGGGAGACCCCGGAGCCCCAGCGGACGCCGGCCCUGAGCCCGUGGGCGCGCAGGAGCCCGGCCCGGACCCCAUCGCAGCCGCUGUCGAAACCGCGCCUGCCCCCGACGGCGGCCCCAGGGAGGAGGCGGCGGCGACCGUGAGGAAGGAGGAUGAGGGGGCGGCCGAGGCGAAGCCUGAGCCCGGGCGCACACGCCGGGAUGAGCCCGAAGAGGAGGAGGACGACGAGGACGACCUCAAGGCCGUGGCCACCUCUCUGGACGGCCGCUUCCUCAAGUUCGACAUCGAGCUGGGCCGCGGUUCCUUCAAGACCGUCUACAAGGGGCUGGACACGGAGACCUGGGUGGAGGUGGCCUGGUGUGAGCUGCAGGACCGGAAGCUCACCAAGCUGGAGCGGCAGCGGUUCAAGGAAGAGGCUGAGAUGCUGAAAGGCCUGCAGCACCCCAACAUCGUGCGCUUCUACGACUUCUGGGAGUCUAGCGCCAAGGGCAAGCGGUGCAUUGUGCUGGUGACCGAGCUGAUGACCUCAGGGACGCUGAAGACGUACCUGAAGCGGUUCAAGGUGAUGAAGCCCAAGGUUCUCCGCAGCUGGUGCCGGCAGAUCCUGAAGGGCCUGCUGUUCCUGCACACAAGGACGCCGCCCAUCAUCCACCGAGACCUGAAAUGUGACAAUAUUUUUAUCACCGGACCGACUGGGUCUGUGAAGAUUGGCGACUUGGGCCUGGCCACUCUCAAAAGAGCAUCAUUUGCCAAAAGUGUGAUAGGUACUCCCGAGUUCAUGGCGCCCGAGAUGUACGAGGAGCACUACGAUGAGUCCGUGGACGUCUAUGCCUUUGGGAUGUGCAUGCUGGAGAUGGCCACCUCAGAGUACCCCUACUCGGAGUGCCAGAACGCGGCCCAGAUCUACCGCAAGGUCACCUGUGGUAUCAAGCCGGCCAGCUUUGAGAAAGUGCACGAUCCCGAAAUCAAGGAGAUUAUUGGGGAGUGUAUCUGCAAAAACAAGGAGGAAAGGUACGAGAUCAAAGACCUGCUGAGCCACGCCUUCUUCGCAGAGGACACGGGCGUGAGGGUUGAGCUCGCGGAGGAGGACCACGGCAGGAAGUCCACCAUUGCCCUGAGGCUCUGGGUGGAAGACCCCAAGAAACUGAAGGGAAAGCCCAAGGACAAUGGAGCCAUAGAGUUCACCUUCGACCUGGAGAAGGAGACGCCAGAUGAAGUGGCCCAAGAGAUGAUAGAGUCUGGAUUCUUCCAUGAGAGUGACGUCAAGAUCGUGGCCAAGUCCAUCCGUGACCGCGUGGCUUUGAUCCAGUGGCGGCGGGAGAGGAUCUGGCCCGCGCUGCAGCCCAAGGAGCAGCAGGAUGUGGGCAGCCCGGACAAGGCCAGGGGUCCGCCGGUGCCCCUGCAGGUCCAGGUGACCUACCAUGCACAGGCUGGGCAGCCUGGGCCACCAGAGCCUGAGGAGCCGGAGGCUGACCAGCACCUCCUGCCACCUACGUUGCCGACCAGCGCCACCUCCCUGGCCUCGGACAGCACCUUCGACAGCGGCCAGGGCUCUACCGUGUACUCGGACUCGCAGAGCAGCCAGCAGAGCGUGGUGCUUGGCUCCCUUGCCGACGCAGCGCCGCCCCCGGCCCAGUGUGUGUGCAGCCCCCCUGUGAGCGAGGGGCCCGUCCUGCCACAGAGCCUGCCCUCACUGGGGGCCUACCAGCAGCCCACGGCUGCACCUGGCCUGCCAGUGGGCUCCGUCCCGGCCCCUGCCUGCCCUCCGCCCCUCCAGCAGCACUUCCCGGAUCCAGCCAUGAGCUUCGCCCCCGUGCUGCCGCCGCCCAGCACCCCCGUGCCCACGGGCCCAGGCCAGCCAGCGCCCCCCGGCCAGCAGCCUCCUCCGCUGGCCCAGACGACACCCCUGCCGCAGGUCCUGGCCCCACAGCCCGUGGGCCCCCUCCAGCCGGUUCCCCCCCACCUGCCACCAUACUUGGCUCCAGCCUCCCAAGUGGGGGCCCCUGCUCAGCUGAAGCCCCUCCAGAUGCCACAGGCGCCCCUGCAGCCGCUUGCUCAAGUCCCUCCGCAGAUGCCCCCGAUUCCUGUUGUGCCCCCCAUCACGCCCCUGGCGGGAAUCGAUGGCCUCCCUCCAGCCCUCCCAGACCUGCCGACUGCAACCGUGCCUCCCGUGCCACCGCCUCAGUAUUUCUCUCCAGCCGUGAUCUUGCCGAGCCUCGCUGCCCCACUCCCCGCUGCGUCCCCAGCCUUGCCUCUGCAGGCUGUGAAGCUGCCCCACCCCCCUGGGGCGCCCCUGGCCAUGCCCUGCCGGACCAUUGUGCCAAAUGCACCAGCCACCAUCCCCCUGCUGGCCGUAGCCCCACCGGGCGUGGCUGCCCUGUCCAUUCAUUCUGCCGUGGCCCAGCUCCCGGCCCAACCUGUGUACCCAGCGGCCUUCCCACAGAUGGCGCCUACCGACGUCCCUCCUUCCCCCCAUCACACGGUGCAGAAUAUGAGGGCCACCCCUCCACAGCUGGCACUGCCUCCGCAACCCACACUGCCCCCACAACCCACGCUGCCCCCACAACCCACACUGCCCCCGCAACCCAUGCUGCCCCCACAACCCGUGCUGCCCCCGCAGCCGGCACUGCCUGUGCGCCCUGAGCCCCUCCAGCCCCACCUUCCUGAACAAGCUGCUCCAGCUGCUGCACCAGGGAGCCAGAUUCUGCUUGGCCACCCAGCUCCCUAUGCUGUGGACAUCGCCGCUCAGGUCCCCACCGUGCCUGUGCCACCGGCUGCGGUCCUCUCCCCACCUCUGCCGGAAGUGCUGCUGCCCGCCGCCCCUGAGCUCCUGCCUCAGUUCCCCAGCUCCCUGGCCACAUUGUCCGCCUCUGCGCAGAGUGUGCCCACCCAGACCGCCACACUUCUGCCAUCAGCAAACCCGCCACUACCUGGCGGGCCCGGGAUCGCCAGCCCUUGCCCAGCUGUCCAGCUGACGGUAGAACCAGUCCAAGAGGAGCAGGCCUCACAGGACAAGCUGCCCGGCCUCCCGCAGAGCUGUGAGAGCUAUGGAGGUUCUGAUGUCACUUCUGGAAAAGAGCUGAGUGACAGCUGUGAAGGCGCCUUUGGAGGGGGCAGGCUGGAGGGCAGGGCAGCCCGGAAACACCACCGCAGGUCCACGCGUGCACGCUCCCGGCAAGAGAGGGCCAGCCGGCCCCGGCUUACCAUCUUGAAUGUGUGCAACACUGGGGACAAGAUGGUGGAGUGCCAGCUGGAGACGCACAACCACAAGAUGGUGACCUUCAAGUUCGACUUGGAUGGGGACGCACCCGAUGAAAUUGCCACGUAUAUGGUGGAGCACGACUUUAUCCUGCAAGCUGAGCGGGAGACGUUCAUCGAGCAGAUGAAGGAUGUCAUGGACAAGGCAGAGGACAUGCUCAGCGAGGACACGGACGCCGACCGUGGCUCCGACCCAGGGACCAGCCCGCCACACCUCAGCACCUGCGGCCUGGGCACCGGGGAGGAGAGCCGACAGUCCCAAGCCAACGCCCCUGUGUAUCAGCAGAACGUCCUGCACACCGGGAAGAGGUGGUUCAUCAUCUGUCCGGUGGCUGAGCACCCCGCCCCCGAGGCCCCUGAAUCUUCGCCCCCACUUCCUCUAAGCUCCCUGCCGCCAGAAGCCAGCCAAGGUCCAUGCAGGGGACUCACCGUGCCCUGUCUACCAUGGCACAGAGCAGCCUGUGGGGCUGUGUUCCUAUCCCUGUUUUCUGCCGAAUCAGCUCAGUCAAAGCAGCCUCCAGAUCCAGCGCCCUAUAAAGACCAGCUGUCCUCGAAGGAACAACCUGGCUUUCUAGCCGGUCAGCAGCUCCUGAGCCAGGCGGGCCCCAGCAACCCUCCUGGGGGGCCCCCAGCCCCUUUGGCCCCCUCCUCCCCUCCUGUGACUGCUCUGCCCCAAGAUGGAGCAGCUCCAGCCACCAGCACCAUGCCAGAGCCAGCGUCAGGAACUGCCAUCCAGGCAGGGGGUCCAGGGACCCCUCAGGGGCCAACCAGUGAGCUCGAGACCUCUCAGCCACUAGCGGAGACUCAUGAGGCCCCGCUUGCUGUGCAGCCCCUUGUGGUGGGCCUAGCACCUUGCACUCCAGCUCCAGAGGCCGCCUCAACCAGGGACGUCAGUGCCCCAAGGGAGCCCCUGCCAGCUCCUGCGCCUGAGCCCAGCCCCCACAGCGGGGCCCCACAGCCCGCCUUGGGUCAGCCUGCUCCCCUGCUUCCUGCCACAGUGGGGGCCAUCAGCCUGGCCACCUCCCAGCUCCCAAGCCCACCCCUGGGGCCCACCAUCCCCCCACAGCUACCCUCGGCCCUGGAGUCGGAUGGGGAAGGGCCGCCCCCCAGGGUGGGCUUUGUGGACAGCACCAUCAAGAGCCUGGACGAGAAGCUGCGGACUCUGCUCUACCAGGAGCACGUGCCCACCUCCUCAGCCUCAGCCGGGACCCCUGUGGAGGUGGGCGACAGAGACUUCACCCUGGAGCCCCUGAGAGGGGAUCAGCCCCGCUCAGAGGUCUGUGGGGGGGACCUGGCCCUGCCCCCAGCGCCUAAGGAGGCAGUCGCAGGGCGCGCCCAGCUGCCCCAGCCCUUGGUGGAGAAGUCAGAACUGGCCCACACUCGAGGGGCCGUGAUGGAGCAGGGCACGUCUUCAUCAAUGCCAGCAGAGUCGUCUCCCAGGAGUAUGCUGGGCUAUGACAGAGAUGGAGGGCAGGUGGCCUCAGACCCCCGUAUGGUCCCCAGCGCCCCCCAGGAUGCACCUGCUUUUGUGAGACCUGCACGUGUGGAGUCCACAGACAGGGAUGGUGGAGUCGCUGGAGAAAGCUCAGCAGAGCCUCCGCCGAGUGGCAUGGGCAUUUCCACAGUCGGGGGCCAGGCCAGCCACCCCCAGACACUUGGCGCUCGAGCUUUGGGGUCCCCUCGGAAACAUCCAGAGCAGCAGGAUGUCAGCUCACCAGCCAAGACUGUGGGCCGUUUCUCAGUAGUCAGCACUCAGGACGAGUGGACCCUGGCCUCCCCCCACAGCCUGAGAUACUCCGCCCCACCCGACGUCUACCUGGAUGAGGCCCCCUCCAGCCCCGACAUGAAGCUGGCAGUGCGGCGGGCGCAGACGGCCUCCUCCAUCGAGGUCGGCGUGGGCGAGCCCGUGUCCAGUGACUCCGGGGACGAGGGCCCUCGGGCGAGACCCCCGGUGCAGAAGCAGGCGUCCGUGCCCGGGAGUGGCAGCGUGGCUGGCGACUUUGUGAAGAAGGCCACCGCCUUCCUGCAGAGGCCUUCUCGGGCCGGCUCGCUGGGCCCUGAGACGCCCAGCAGGGCUGGUAUGAAGGUCCCCACCAUCAGUGUGACCUCCUUCCAUUCCCAGUCGUCCUAUAUUAGCAGCGACAAUGACUCGGAGCUCGAGGAUGCUGACAUAAAGAAGGAGCUGCAGAGUCUGCGGGAGAAGCACCUGAAGGAGAUCUCGGAGUUGCAGAGCCAGCAGAAGCAGGAGAUCGAGGCUCUGUACCGCCGCCUGGGCAAGCCACUGCCCCCCAACGUGGGCUUCUUCCACACGGCACCCCCCACUGGCCGCCGGAGAAAAGCCAGCAAGAGCAAGCUGAAGGCGGGCAAGCUGCUGAACCCCCUGGUGCGGCAGCUCAAGGUCGUGGCCUCCAGCACAGGUCACUUGGCUGACUCCAGCAGAGGCCCUCCCGCUAAGGACCCUGCCCAAGCCAGUGCGGGGCUCACUGCAGACAGCACGGGCCUGAGCGGGAAGGCAGUGCAGACCCAGCAGCCCUGCUCCGUCCGGGCCUCCCUGUCUUCGGACAUCUGCUCCGGCUUAGCCAGUGAUGGAGGCGGAGCGCGUGGCCAAGGCUGGACGGUUUACCACCCAACGUCUGAGAGAGUGACCUAUAAGUCUAGUAGCAAACCUCGUGCUCGAUUCCUCAGUGGACCCGUAUCUGUGUCCAUCUGGUCUGCCCUGAAGCGUCUCUGCCUAGGCAAAGAACACAGCAGUAGGUCCUCCACCAGCAGCCUGGCCCCAGGUCCUGAGCCAGGCCCCCAGCCCGCCCUGCACGUCCAGGCGCAGGUGAACAACAGCAACAACAAGAAGGGCACCUUCACGGACGACCUGCACAAGCUGGUGGACGAAUGGACAAGCAAGACGGUGGGGGCCGCACAGCUGAAGCCCACGCUCAACCAGCUGAAGCAGACCCAGAAGCUGCAAGACAUGGAGGCCCAGGCAGGCUGGGCUGCCCCUGGCGAGGCGCGGGCUAUGACCGCACCUCGAGCAGGAGUGGGGAUGCCACGUCUGCCCCCAGCGCCCGGCCCUCUGUCCACCACGGUCAUUCCCGGAGCCGCCCCGGUCCUGUCCAUGCCCACACCAGAUGGCGCCCUUGGAACCGCCCGGAGAAACCAGGUGUGGUUUGGCCUCCGAGUCCCCCCCACCGCCUGCUGUGGGCACAGCACUCAGCCACGAGGGGGACAGCGGGUGGGCAGCAAGACUGCUUCCUUUGCGGCUUCAGACCCUGUUCGCUCCUAGGUUCCUGUGGUCCACGCGCCGUCUCCACACCCACUUCCUAUACUUGAGUUGAUGGUUAGAAACUUGUCGUCACCCUGCAGAAGUACAGUGCCUUGAAUGCCAGCUUUUCCAUUCCCUGAUGAAAAGAUAUGUUAAAAAAAAUUAUCGGAAAAGGUUUCAUUUGCAAUUGGCUUGUGCAUUGAUAAUCUUUAUUUACUGUUUUAAGUUGCAGAGAUGUGAAUGGUUUACAAAUCUGAAGCUGAAGUUCAAUCUUUGGUUUUCUGUUGUAAAUGCCUUUAAAAACAUUGAAUUAGCUACCUUAAGUAUUGAAGAGCUUCCAGUGCUAGGUCAGCCCUGCUUUGUCCUCAGUAGAGUGCCGGUUCCCUGGGCUCACCUAGGGGCUGAGAGACGGCGGGACGCUGGGGCAGGGCACACUGGCGGAGCUGCUUGCUCAGUAGGGAAUGUCAGUUGUUGCGCUGGGCCAUGAGAAAUCUGCCAGAAAACAUGAGGUGAGCAAACAUGCCCUCGGCGCCAGUGGGCUGCUGUGAGUGAGGGUAAGGUGUGUGUUGGGCUCUAGCUGCCCACCCACCCUGUGGAGACAAGCGCAGCUCCUUCAGCUGGAGAGGCUGCCCACUCUCCUGCCCACUUCCCUCCCUUCUCCAUGAUUUCCAUGGAGGCCUGUGGCUCUGCUCACCCCUGGCACGCAAACUGCUCUCCCGUCCAUCCCUAAGCCUGCUCUGCGGAGGGCAGGGUCAUUCUUCUCCUGGAGAUUUCAGUGGGACUCGUCCCCAGCGGGCACAACACAGCCCUUGGUGGGAGGGGAAGGCCCCAGCCUCCUCCACCUCCCGCUGGAAAGCAGACUGCUUGGGACUGCCCAGCUGUGAAUUGUAUAGUUUCUGUACUUAAUAGAACUGGGUAAAUUAUUUUGGUUCAAAUCUAUUCCAUCAAUUCAGUUAGAAUUGAAUUUUCUAGGUGAUUAUGCAGAAUCUUCUGCCAGGGCACGAUGCUGUCGUAAGAGAUUUCUGUUCUCUGUACCGGGCCCCCUUGCCCUGUUCCUUGAGUGAAGUGGGGGCUGCCCUCACCUGUCCCCCUUGCCUGUGAGUCCCUUCCUCGUACAUGGUGGUCAGUGGCACGGAAUCCCCAAGAGAUUGUAUAUCUGAAGGAGAAAAAUAAACACUUUUGCUCGAAAA